CUGACUUUCUUGGUGGUCGCUCAGGUGCGCUACACAGUCACAGCAGCGAAACACGCAGCAGCUGGCGCUAUUAUGGCGGCCCAUCGAUACACUUGCGUUGGCUUCUCGCCUAAGGCGGACAGGAAGCGCAUCGACUUCGUCACCCCGAUGCCCAGCCAGCGCUUAUGCAGCGUCUGCAGCGUCAUUCCCGACGUUGCUUUCAGCCUUGGCUGCCGCCACGUCUUCUGUACUGCCUGCAUGAACGACUUGAUGCGCAACUCGCCCGUAGCAGUCUGCCCGUUCGACGACAAGGAGUUUCGAAACGUAAGCGUCAGCUGGGACUCCGCGUCCGAAGGGUACGUGAGCUCGUGCAAGUCCUACUGCCUCAACAGGGCAUUCGGAUGCACCUACGUCGGCCGUAUGUCCGAGAUGAUCGAGCACUACUACCGCGAGUGCGACUACCAUGUAGUCUACUGCGGCUGCUGCGCGAAGCCCGUUGCCAGGGUGAAUGUGUUGGUUCACCUCCGCGAAGGAUGCGGUGUGGGCAUCCUCACCUUGGAAAACACAUUCGGCUCGGCCACUGCCUUUGGCACCGACGCAGACGAGUGCCUGUCUGCGGCCCGUAAAAACAUUACCGACUUCAUCAACCGCAAUAUGAGGAAAGUGAGUCCUGUCGAGAACUGGACACACGGGAGCAGGGACGUCACCGACAUGCUUCGAGUCGGAGGCGAGGCAGCCUCUUCGAGACAUGUUGGGUCGACGCAGAUGAACCAGAUGAAAAUGAGCUUGGAACAAAUGGUGUAUUCAACGCGUACUGACGACGCCCUGACACCCUUCGUUUGCAGUACUUUGGGGCCUGCUGUUAACAAUGAUAUCGCCACUGCGGACUCGAACACUGCGCUGCUACUCUUGACGAAGACAGACUGGACGCAGACUGACCCGACAGAUGAAUGGCCCUUCUUCGAGCAGACGGCCUCUUCUCAGAAAAGUGAAGAUUCCCUGACACCUCUCUUGAUCGAUGUUGCUUCCUGCGGCAGCUGGGCACAUGACUCAGCAUAUCACUCCUCAGCUUCCGGGUGCGAAACAACCGACGCCAACCCCUGAGUUGGAUAGCUCGAAGUCAAAGUCGAUUCUUGCCGUAAGCGAGGCACCGCCCGAGCCAAUCAAGCAGCCCCUACUGAUCUACGAGUGGGACGUCAAGCCAUUCCGUAAGUACCGCAAUCCGCCGUGGCCGGAGUUCAAGAGCGAGGUGCUGACGGUGGGCGAGCGUGGUUACAGGCUGAGGCUUGAGGGCAAGUUCAAGUUCCUCAACUUCCCGGCUCGCUUCCUGGCGCUCUACGUGAGGCUUCAGAAGGGCCCCGACGACGAAUCGCUCGAGUGGCCUUUCAGGCGCAAGUGUUCGUUUCUGUUGAUGCACACCAGGUACGCGCAGCGGGACAUCUUGUUCACACUCGAAGACCACGUGAACGUCGAGAAAUUACCGCGCGCGACCAGAGUUCGCCUCGAACGUCCCAAGACGGCGGAGAACUUCGCGAUCGGUAUUGAACAGUGUGUGGCGGCGCAGCAGAUGGUGGAAGGUGGGUUCGUCUACAAGAACGCAUUUAGAAUCCGCUUCAUCGUCGAGUAGCUGAAGGUACGAUUUUAAAACAAUGCUUAAAGGAGUACAUAUAUUGCGAAAUUGAAAACACUCUAAAAAUAUGUGAAGUUGGUGGAACUGCGAAUACGUCUCCCGUGUUUCCUUCUGCUCAUGAGGACUCGCAGACAGUUUCUCCAGUCUGCUGCGCUCGGCUCGCGGAACGGAUCCGUCCAGCGGGCCUAUUGGAAUAUCCUCGAGAGCUCAUGUAACCGCAUGCGCCGAACUCUCAGGCCCCGAGCAGCCCCGAGUUGAGCUCGGUUUCUGCAGUACAGCGGUGUAUUGUUAGGACACAUGAUCGCGAGCAUACCGUACCAAGCUGAGUUCUUGACGUGUAUAGGAUUUACAGCAUACGUCACAUUUUUAAAGGUGUCCAUACAAAAAUAAUAUUGCACGAAUAGUGCGUGAAAUAUGCGCUAUCAGAUAUGACUUUAAUUUAUAACACAGUAUAUUCACAAAUCACCAUUUGUCUGAACAAUAUUUGUUCCAAUAGAGUGCCAUAGCUUAAUGUGCUGCACAUAUUACAACUAAAAUUGGUGUACGUUGACGUAAGGUUCUGCAAAAUAGCCUGGUAUUUGUGGACAUUUGUGCUUCCACUGUACGACUUACUAUGUUUCGGUCACGAAAGAAGGCGGUGCGCUGUGGCUGCUGAUAGCAGAAAUUAAGGUGUCGCUCGACACGUUUUAUGCUAAACAAGGCUACAUCUGCGACACCUUCCAAGUAAUACUUACUUCAUAUUUUGCGACAUCAAAGUAUUAGCCAUAAAGUUGCAUUGAACUACAUGGCAUUAUACUUACGUCUUUUUUUAUAUCUAUGUGACAUUAUAUUUUUCUGUCGCGAAUCCGAGCAGCGAGAGAAGUCUGUAUAGCCUAUGUAACGUUGCCUGUUAUGCGUGAAACGGAUCGAGGAAGAAAAGAAGCAGGAGGUAGCAUUGCGCGACACUAUUGAAGCCAAGAGAGUCGGUCCAACACGUAAUGAUGUACUGGUAUGUUUACGUGCUUUCAACUGCGACUAGACAACGCGUGCAAGAUCAACUUGCGGCCGCCUCACUCCAACACACAGAAGACAAAAUUGUAUACGUUACAAUAUGAAAGACUCGUUGCGCGAUUAUACCGAGAGAAAAUGUUCACGGAGCGGCUGGGAAGACAGCCGAACAAAUGCUCAUUGAUUAAAAUCUACCACGAACCAAACACACUGGGCCGAGUCCGCCGGCCAGGGUCACGUGUUGGGCAGAGCUGGUGAGGGAGAAAAAUCAAACAGGAUUGCUUAAUUCACGGCGAGUUGCCUUGCGAAGGCUGGCUGUGUGACGUAACGUCGCCUCCGAGUUUAUUUCCUUAGUCAGUGGUAAAACGGAGUAUAAGUGGCGUGACACUCAAGCAUUGUCGUCAUCGAUGAGAUUGAUGCCUGGGGGACUUCUAGAUACGGCGCGAAGAGCAAAUAGAGAUAAACGAAACGAGCUACACAGACCGGAGUGACAGCUCCGCGGCCAAAUGACAAAACAUUGAUAGGAGAGCACUUCGAGCGUGUACACCAAGAAGGCGAAACGAGCAGGAUGCGGAAACAUAUGGUUUCGUUUCUGUUUAGAGGGCUCUUGGUCGCGAACUUGGUCGCGAACCAGGAAUUUGGUCAGCCUUACGAGCGUCAAUUUCGCGAACAAUCGGCUGGAACAUAUACAGGGUGUUCAAAAUUAAGCUUUACGGAAUUUUUAAAAAUCGCCUGUGGCAGGUAGCGUAAUUCUUAUCAUUGAGCUGGGUUAUUCGAUGAGGCGGACAUCAGUAGCACGAGAAAUGGAAACACGUAUUCAACUAACUAACAAACAUUCACUAAUUAUAACUUCUUAGUUAAUUACUUUACGACACAUAUUGCAAUUUACGAAUUGUACCCGGCGAGUUUGCAAGACGCAUCCACUUGAAAUGAAAUUCCUGGAUGACACUAGUUUCGAGAUGUGAUCUCCUAAAAUGUGGGACGAAAUACAUGGGCGUUCCAGUUACUUUUGUGCUUCAGUGUAUAAAACAGUAAAAAUGUAAGUGGAACAACAGUGCAUUUUUACGGCGAGUUUGAUGGCGCGUAUUUCCAAGCUGGUGUCAUUCGGGAAAUUCAUUCCAAGUGGAUACGCCUGUCAAGCUCACCGGCUACAAUUCGUAAAUUGCAAUGUGUGUCGCAAAGUAAUUAACUAAGAAGUUUAUUAGUAAAUUUUUGUUAAUUAGUUGAAUAUGUGUUUCCCUUUCUCGUGCUACUUAUGUCCCCUUCAUCGAAUAACCCAGCUCAUUGAUAAGAAUUACGCUACCUGCCACAGGCGAUUUCUAAAAAUUCCGUAAAGCUCAUUUUAAACACCCGGUAGGUAGCAGGUACUAGAGAAGACAUAGUUAAACCUUCCACGCGGUUUUCAAUGCGUGAAACGGUCAUAAUAGUUGUCAAUUGACGCACUUAAAUCAAUUUACGAUGAAUGCGAGCAUGGUCAUGAUUCCGUGAGUAUGCAUAGCCUUAUGUACUAUGGGAUUAGAUGCAUGCACAGAGGUUGUGCCUCUCCAGCGACAUCCUUUCUUUUGGGCAGCUGCACCAAUUGUUUUCUAGUGCCUGUAAUCGAAUCACAUAUUUUCAAAACCCUGACCGUGCAUAACCCGAAUAACAUAGUCCCAUUUCCCUGAAACUUUCAACUGGCUGUCACGUUUCGUUGUGACGAUACCAUGAGAAUGUGCGUUUAUUCACUCAAAUUCACUUCAAAGUCCGCAAUUAGCCCUCAAACUUUAGACUUAGGCUUCAUUGCUGUCAAAUAGGAACUUAUCGCGUCCUUUAUUUCCGUCACAUAUGAACUCGAUGCGUCGUUUGCUUUUCCCGGGGCACUGGGAAGCAUUGCAUAUAACGGCUGUCUGACACUUCCUGGUACCUAUGCAUAGGUAGUUUGUGUCCAUAGCCAUAAUGUACUCCCUAUAUUUUAUUAAAUUUAAAUUCGGUGCUAGGUAAAUAUAGUUAUCUGUGGAUAGUAAGAAAACAUUCUACGCUGCUAACGCACUGGAGCGGUUGCGCAAUUUAUUCCAAAUGCUUCAAUUAAUACACCCGCUUUACAUUUUGUUAACACUUCAAAAAAAAAAAUAGAACUUUCGGAACACACACAGGUUCCUUGUCUCCAAUGCAGCAUACAUAGAGUUGUGGUCUGUUUGUAUGUGUGUGCCACGUGACGUAGUGAGCAAAGUUAAACUUGAGGCACGUGGCAUUGAUGGCUGGCACAUACCCGCUCUUUCGAUAUUGUAUAAUAAUGAUUCGAUCGGAAGUAUUGCAGUCAUAUUCUUUUCUUUUGCAAUAUUUGACGCGUUCACCCUGUUGAUAAAGUGAUUGAAUUUGUGCAUGUGCUCCAUGAGUGCGUUGGUUAGAUCAAGACUCUUUUCUACAAGUGUCGAAAAUGGUUUGACUUGUACCCGUGCUACUACGCCACGUGCUACACAUACAUACUAGCCACAACUCCAUUUGUACGCUGCAUUGUUGUCAAUAAACGUUGUACGGGUUCCGAAACGUCAGAUAAUUUUACUUUGUUAGUCAACUGAAUUUUAAUCGAUUAUCACUGUUAAGGUACUUCACGCACCUUCCGGGCCUAACUGUGAAUCUGUCUAUCGAUUUAUCUAUCUCUCUUUAUAUCUAUCUAUUAUCUAUCUAUGUCUCUAACGGUAUCCUGCCAACCUGGGUCACUGGGUAGUCCGUGGUCGAAUGGUUAAAGCAUUGGGUUACUGCGUUGAGGGAAAUGGCUUCGAAACCAAUCGUUGGACCAACAUUGGGUACGUGGCAUGCGCACUUAUGGGUCACUCUUCAACGAACCUAUUUCACACCGACAUGGGUCACUGGGAACGCAGAACUGGGUAUGCAGCAUCGGGUAUGUACCACACUCCUCAAUGAAUCUUUUUGACGACGACUUGGAGCACUCGGUAAGUCCCAUUGGUUAUGGACAGCUAUUUGAUGAUGAUGAUGACGAUUUAUUGGAAUCGCCUUUGAAACGGGGCGGUGAUAGACACCUAGCCAGCUUGAGUUACUCAGGUAUGCUAUGCAUGUUUUUCACUCUAGCAUUAUUGUAUAUAUCUCUUUAACCUUUUCUUUUUUUCCUCAAAACUUCUCUAUCUACCUUGUACCGCUACCUAUGCCUGUAACGAAUCCGCUCGUAUCAAUCUUUUCCCUGCUUCUUUUUUCCACCAACACUCUAAACAUGUCUUGCUUAUCUCGACUGCUGACCGGUUGAUGCUUUCGUCCACUUUACGUCCAAGCGCUUCUGGAAGGUGUACGUUACCUACCGGUCUCACUGGGUGAACCUCUUUCUUGCCCGUUCGGGUUACUGGGUGUGUGCCAGUAGGUGUGCGCCGAUCUGCAGUGAACCUUUUUGACGACAACUUGGGUAACUAUGUGCCACUUUGGUAUGUGUCACUCUUUAAUGAAAAAAAAAAGUGCAACAGAACACAUCACAAUAAAUGUCGACGUUGGUGCGAUUAGCAGUGUAUCAAAGUAUAGCGACACAAUGUAUUGCCCCCAUAGAGACCCGUAAUACAUGAGUUGUGUCCGCAGCCGGACUCUUCCCGCUGGACAUGCUGGGUCAUUCAGCGGCACAGUCGAGAAGUCCACGCAUGGCGCUUGUGUGCAUGUACAUUCCGAGAAGUUCGAAUAUAUAUGGCGUGUGUGUGCUUGGCGUAUGUAUGGAGCAUUAGGAACAACUAAGUAUAUUAUUGUUCGCAAACUCAGGGCUCUUAGCAGAAAUGGCGGUCACGGUUUAUCAAUUUAUAUCGGUGAACUUCUUGACCAAUAUAACAGUGUGUACCAGUUGCCACCAGACAUGUGUCUGCUGUGGCAGCAGCAGUGAAAAAUAAAGCACUUUUUCUCUAGUUUGAAUUGUUGCGACAGAUGCUGCCGCUGUU